UAGCGCGUUUCAAAUUUUUGUAAGAAAAUUGGCAGAGCAUAAUUUUUUUCAAAGGCCUUGGUUGCAAAAUGUUCUGCUAUAAUUUAAAUAAAUGAAAAUGUUUAAUCUUUCUCUUGAAGAUAACAAACCAGCAGUAUUUAUCAUUAUUACAAUGAUCAGGGUACCAAGAUUUGCUAAAACAUAUGAAGGAAAUGAAUUUUCAUUUGACGAACUCUUCAUCUUUAAUCAAACAACAUUACCAGAUACAUUUAAGUUUAUCACUGAUUUGGUCCUUCUUGUGGAUACUACCAAGAGUGAUAAUUUUGAUAAUUUACUUAUUCCUGAUAUCCCAAUAAAAGGUCAAGUUUUGCAUCAUAACGAUAGAAAAGUGGAUUAUGAAGACUCACUGAAGUUAUUCUUUGAUAAUGCAAAGAAUUUUGAUAAUAAAAGCUUUCCUUUAACUAUCACUUUGCAAUUCAAACUUGGACUUGAAGAUGAUGGAAUGUCAAUGAGAGAUUUAUUAUUUAAAGCAAUAGAACUUGUUCCAAUGGGAUUUAAGUUCAAAGUGUACAUAUUUAAAAUUGUAUCUCAUCAAGGUCCUGAUACAUUCAGAAUGCCACCAGCAGACUUUCUUAGACUUUUGAAUUGUAUUGGAUUCAGAUUUGACACUGAUUUUAUUCCCAAUGCAGCUUUCACAUCCCAACAACUAUGGAAGAGAGACUACCACAGAAAUGUGAACCAUCAUAUUCCAAUUACAAUUUCUUGGUUAGGAAAAGAUCUUGAAGAACUACAUCUAGGUCAGAAAGUUAGAUUAGCUAGUACAGAUUAUAUAUACCUAGAAUUUCAAAAGCUAAUAGAUCACAGCUAUGAAUGUUAUGACGUUGCUCUGAUUCAGAAUUGGUCUGGAUUUCUAGUCAAUAAUAACUCAUCAUUUAAAUAUUUGAAAUUAAGAGAUUUUCAAACUGGAUAUUAUUGUCCUUUUGUUGGGCUUGAUAAGCUUGUUUUGAUUGGGUUUGAGUUACCCAUAGAAGUUCAUAAAAUGUUUACAUAUUUGUUGUCAAGUAAGGAAAUACAUCUAUGUGGUGUUGCAAUCCAACAAUGUCCAAAAUAUUUUGAAAAUGUUAAUAGUUCAUGUAUAACUGAAAUGAUUUAUUUCCUGUGUGAUCCUGCUUGGUCUGAUGAAAUUACACAGACUUCAAUCGAAAGUCUUCAAUUCAUCUCUUUGAAGUUUCAAAUAAAUUUAUUCGAAGUCCCAUUCUUGCCUCAACACCAAGCAUCUUGUAAAACUGGAGCUAUUUACAAUCAGUUACACAGAAGAGUUAGAUUAGGUGAAUUCGAAUGUAAAUAAUUUUUUAUGUUAAAAGUUCAUUAUUAUCAUAUAUUUCUAAACGAUGAUUCAAACCAAUCCAUAUACAUCAUUUUAAGCUAAAUUCGUAGUAUAAAACACUUCAUAUGAUCAUAACUAUAUAAACUUGCAGCCAUUAUCAGCUUGGUAAAUGAUUUUUAAAACUAUCGCGUGUAUGGAACAAAAUGUAAACAAAAUUUAAUUUCUGUAAAUUUGAUUUUUACAACCAACUUGAUUUGAAGUAACUAAGUGAUCACAACCAUCAUCAAUCGAUCAACAAUCGAUCAUCAUAGUU